AUGUGUUUUCAAAGUGAUGCAACCUGUCAAACAAUAUUUUAAAUGAGAAGAUAAUUAAAUAAUAAAUAUAAUUAGCUGAUUUAUCAUAGACCAAUCAAUUAAAAUACUCUUUAAUUUCCUUUAUAGAGUUAGAAUUAGAAAAAUGACAAUCUCGAAUUUAAUUGUUCUAAAUUAGAUUAUUAAAUCUAAGAAAAUACUUAAGAAAUAAAUGAGCAGAUUAAUAAAUAAAAAUCUGAAAAUAGUAUUUCUCUUAAUAAGAUAAAUUCAUCGACAUUAAAAAAGAAUAAUACUGAUAACUAAAAUCUUCACAAAUACUUCGAAUUUCUAUUAAAUAAACCUUCAAAAGUAGACAUACCUAAAAUCAAAUAAUUAAAUGAAAUUAAUUUCCUUUUAGACAAAAAAAUUUAACAAAAUAAUGAGAAGAUAAAAUCUGAACCAUUGUCACAAAGACAAAAGUGUUUAGAAAAACUUAAACAUUAAUAUAGAAGUAUGUAAGCAAACUAAUAAUAGAGUUAAAAAUAUUCAAGAAAAAUUUCAUAUCAAGACUACUAAAAUAAUUUUAUAGAAUCACCUGAACCUUUAAAACUAAAAAAAGGUUACUCAGAAUCGUAGGAAAGUGUCAAUUUAAAGUGCGAAUCACCUCUAACUGCUAAGCUAGAAUAAACCUUAGAAUAAAAUAUAGAACCUAAAACAAUUUCUUCUAUUCGAAAACUGAGCCAAAAUAUUUUAUUAAAUAAUUAACCUAUAAAAAAUAUUAAAGAAAAAAGAUCUAAACAACAAAUUAUUAUCUCUUAAGAUACUACAUAAGAUUUUGCUGAUAUAGUGAUUAAAAAGCACGAGAUAAGAGAGAGAAAAAAAGAGGAAGUAGGAGAAUUAGCAAAGUAUGAUUUUUCUGCAAUAAACCGCAGUCCUUGCAAAUUGAAAAAGUAUGCAAGUGUAAAAAUUGAUAUGAAAUAGUAAAGAUUCGAAAACAUAAUGAAUAAUCAAAGCAUUCAAAAAUAAUUUUAGGAUAUUCAAAAUUUAAUAAAUCAUUCUUCUGCUCGUAUUAAUAAAAUUAAAAAUAAUAAGCAAUAACUUUGA